AUGGUUUUGGCUCCAUUCGAGGCGUUGCGCUCUACGCCACAGACGCAGCCGGCGAUUCGUGCAACCAACCCAGCAUCGCAAUGUUUCCCGAUUCCUUCAGCGAGACCGCAAUCUAUCACGCAUCCACGGCUGACCGGACCGGCACUACAAGCAGAACCGAUCCCUGCGGAAGAGACCGUUUGUAUUCUCAAUCGGAGUCAGCUGGCCGCCAGACAAGCGGUCUCAAAAGACCUUCCGGAGUUCGCAGGUAACCCUGAGGACUGGCCUCUGUUCUUUUGCAUGUACACUUCAUCAACGCAGAUGUGCGGCUUCUCCAACGAGGAAAAUAUGCUGCGUUUACGCAAGUGUUUGAAGGGUAAGGCACUAGAUGCCGUGAAGAGUCGCCUGCUUCAUCCUUCUAAUGUUUCUGGCGUUCUCUCGACGCUUAAGAUGCUUUACGGCAGGCCAGAAGCGAUCGUCCAAGCUGCUAUUAGAAAAAUUCGUUCACUUCCAGCCCCGGAAAUAGAUCGACUAGAGAGUCUGGUCAAUUUUGCGCUCACUGUCGAAAACCUUGUGGCAACAAUAGAAGCAUGCGGUGUACAAGACUUUGUGUAUAACGCUUCGCUCAAAUUCGAACUGGUUGAAAGAUUACCACCGACGCUUAGAUUGGACUGGGCGAAGUAUACCCGAGGGAAUUCGGCCCCAAAUCUCUUGGACUUCAGUUCUUGGCUGUACUCUAUGGCGGAAGAUGCGAGUGCGGUUAUGCAGACAUGCUCCACUGCUCCGCGAAGUCGCAGUAAUAAGGGAGACGCGUUUGUCAACGUACACUCCGAGUCUACCAAAAAUUCGCGAGACCGAACGCGAGAACCAUUCAAAGAAUGCUUCGUUUGCAAAGGUUCUUGUCCAGUAAUCACAAAGUGCAAACGGUUCGGUGAACUGAGCUACGAGUCGAAGUGGUCAGUAAUACGAGAAGCGAAGCUGUGCCGUAAAUGCCUACGUAAACAUAACGGUACAUGUCGGCAACAAAACAAAUGCGGAAUCAACGGGUGCACUUAUUUGCACCACCCUUUGCUGCAUAAUGAGAAAACUGGAAGCGAGCAUGGAGCAGUAGCGGCAACGAAUUCCAGUUGCAACAUCCAUCAAACUCAGACCAGCGAUGUAUUGUUUCGGAUUAUUCCAAUAGUACUACACGGUCCUGCGAAGACGGUGCGGACGUACGCCUUCAUCGAUGACGGAUCCGAACUCACGCUCAUGGAAAAAUCACUUGCGCUGGAGCUUGGACUGCAAGGAUCUCAGAUGGCCCUCUGCUUGAAAUGGACAGGGGAUACCAGCAGAAUGGAGAAUGAUUCUCAAAAGGUUGAGGUGGCUAUUUCUUCCGCCAGGAAUACAUCCCAAAGGCAUAAACUCGAGGAUGUUCGUACUGUUCAGCAGCUGAAGCUAAGACCACAGACCUUGAUAGCCUCUGAAAUGCAAAGGCGCUACAGUCAUCUUGUCGGCAUACCUUUCGAUUCCUAUAUUGAUGUGUGUCCGCGUAUCCUGAUCGGUCUAGACAACGCACAACUAGGACAUGCAUUAAAAAGUCGAGAAGGCAAGUCAUCUGAACCCAUAGCCGUCAAAACACGUUUAGGGUGGAUCGUGUAUGGAAGUUGUUCAUCAGUUUACCACUCCGAAAGUUACGUCAACUACCAUGCGGUACAAGUGUGUGAGUGUAAUGACGCUUCCGAUGAAAAUCUCCACACAGCAAUGAAGAACUAUUUCGCGCUUGACAGCAUGGGAAUCUCCAACCCUGGAAAGACAUUACUCUCCGUAGAUGACCAGCGUGCAAUGGAGAUCUUGGAAGCAGUAACACAUCGUAAGGACGGCCAUUAUGAAUCUGGUCUUCUCUGGAAGUACGACGCUGUGCGACUUCCUGACAGUAAGGCGAUGGCCUUGAGAAGAUGGGAGUGCCUGGAGCGUCGGAUGAAGAAAGAGGAAGGAUUGGCAGAGGCUCUACGUUCAAAAAUGCUCGAUUAUAUCCAGAAAGGAUACGUCCGCAAAUUGACAGAGGAGGAGCUCAAAACUCGUCAGCCUCGUGAGUGGUACUUGCCAGUGUUUCCAGUUUACAAUCCAAACAAACCAGGAAAACUGCGAUUGGUAUGGGAUGCAGCAGCAACAGUUCAAGGAAUUUCUUUAAACUCGGUUCUAUUGAAGGGACCAGACCAGCUGACAUCCCUGCUUACUGUUUUGAUUCAGUUCCGGGAGUUCCGAGUCGCGGUAUGUGGAGACAUUCGGGACAUGUUUCACCAGGUCCUAAUGAGGAAGGAAGAUCAACAUUGCCUGAGAUUCUACUGGGAAGGAGACACUCCAGGUAGCGCGCCGAAUGUUUAUGCCAUGACGGUGAUGACGUUUGGCGCGUGCUGCUCGCCCACGACAGCUCAAUACGUCAAGAACAUCAAUGCGGAGCGAUUCGAAGUCGAGUAUCCGCAAGCUGUCGAAGCCAUUGUUAAAAAGCAUUACGUCGACGAUAUGCUUGCCAGCGUCGAAAGUGAAGCGGAAGCGGUAAAGUUAGCACAUGAUGUGAAGCACAUUCACGCUGCAGGAGGGUUUGAAAUGCGCAACUGGUUGUCCAAUUCGUCAAUCGUCCGAGCUUCCCUACAAGAAGAAACAACUACAGAGAAGUACCUCGGGGCCGAGGAAGAAAACAUUACCGAAAAGGUAUUAGGUCUGUGGUGGAACACAACAACCGAUUGUUUCACGUUUAAGGUAUCUCAACGAUACGAUCAGGACCUGCUAGCCGGAUGCCGCCGACCCACCAAACGUGAGGUGCUUCGAACGCUAAUGAUGAUGUUCGAUCCGCUGGGUUUCAUCUCGCAUUUUCUGAUGUACUUAAAAGUACUGAUGCAGGAGAUCUGGAGGUCGUCGAUUGACUGGGAUACCCCUAUUGAAGAACCACAGUUCCAGAAGUGGUUGAUUUGGCUCAAAGUUCUACCAGAAGUAGCCAAUGUCCAGCUUCCACGAUGUUAUAGACUAUCAGUGUCAACGGAUAGCAGUUGCAACAUUCAGAUGCACACGUUCGUUGAUGCGAGUGAGAGCGGAUUCGCAGCAGUUGUGUAUCUGAGGUUCGAAGAAGACGACGUUGUUGAGACUGCACUCGUCAGUGCAAAAACUAGAGUUGCUCCAUUGAAAUUUCUCUCCAUUCCUCGCUCAGAACUACAAGCUAGCAUUCUCGGUGUUCGGCUUGCUAACAGCGUUGCCCAAUCAUUAUCCAUUAUUGUGAGCAAGCGCUUCUUCUGGACUGACUCCAGAGAUGUCCUUUGCUGGUUGAAUUCCGACCAUCGAAGAUACAGUCAGUUUGUGGCAUUCCGAGUAAGCGAGAUCCUGGAGACGACAGAUGUAAGGGAAUGGCGUUGGGUUCCAACGAAGCUGAACGUGGCCGACGAAGGAACUAAGUGGACGCGUCAACCUGAUCUCAGCGCUUCUAGCCGUUGGUUUAAAGGACCAGAAUUCCUACAUGAACCACAAGAAGAGUGGCCAAGUACCUCCCGGUAUGGAGCAACGAACACGGAGCUCCGAGCACAUCUGAUGACGCACGUUUCUACGGUGGAAUCCAUCAUUAAUCCUCAAAACUUCUCGAAGUGGAGCACGAUACUACGUACAACAGCGUUCGUGUUCCGGUAUAUAAACAACUCUAGGCCGAAGACAAAACAACGAACUGGAGGGCCGUUGACGCAGCAGGAGUUGAAAAGAGCAGAGAACUUUCUGCAUCGUCUUGCCCAGAGCGACGAGUACGCAGAUGAAAUGGCUAUCCUAUUUGGAAAUCGCUUGAACGGAACGGAUAAGCAAGCUAUACCCAAAAGUAGCUCUAUUGCUUAUUUCUGCCCUUUUCUCGAUGAAACCGACGUAUUAAGGGUUCGCGGCCGAACCGGUGCCUGCCCGAUGAUCAACUACGAUGCAGUUAACCCCAUCAUACUCCCUCGUAACCAUCGUGUCACACAUUUGAUCCUUCUCCAAUAUCACCGCAAAUAUCACCACCAAAACCACAACACUGUUCUCAACGAGAUUCGCCAACGAUACAGGAUCCCACGUCUGAAAUCCACGUACAACGCAAUACGCAGGCAAUGUCAGGAAUGCAUGAAUGCUAGCGCAAUGCCACAGCCCCCAAUCAUGAGUGACCUGCCACCGUCCCGUCUGGCCGCCUUUUCUCGUCCGUUCACGCACAUGGGGGUGGAUUACUUUGGCCCCAUAUUAGUCACUGCUAACCGAAAAACUGAAAAACGCUGGGUUCUAAUAGCUACCUGCCUAACCAUCCGCGCCAUCCACUUGCAAGUUGCACACACUCUCAGUACCGAUUCCUGCAUCAUGGCCCUGCGAAACGUCUUUGGUAGGAGGGGUACGCCGGCAGUUAUCUAUAGCGACCAAGGUACCAAUUUCCGUGGUGCUAGCAAGGAGUUGAAGGCCGUUGUGAAAAGUCUUGACCAGGAGCGACUAAAAGCUGAGUUUACUACUCCGCACACCACUUGGAUCUUCAACCCACCAGCCUCUCCGCACAUGGGCGGAGCAUGGGAGCGUCUUAUCCGCACAGUCAAGCAAAACCUCAAUAAGCUGCUUCCAAACCGUACAUUGUCCUACGAAGUUCUUGAGAAUCUUCUCAUUGAAGUGGAAAACGUGGUAAACUCCCGACCACUCACCAGUAUCCCGGUUGAAGAUGAUGAAUCCCCGGUGCUCACCCCAAACCAUUUUCUACUUGGAUCGUCUAACGGUUCGAAGUCAUGGGUACCGUUUAACGACAGCCCCGCUGUGCUCAAGAACUGCUGGCAGCUCUCUCAGAUCCUGGCCAAUCAGUUCUGGACCCAAUGGUUGCGAGAUUACCUGCCGUCGAUCACUCGUCGAACCAAAUGGCUUAACCCAACAAAGCCCAUUGAAGUCGGCGACAUAGUUGUCAUUGUGGACCCAAGCUUUCCGCGCAACUGCUGGCCGAAAGGACGUGUAAUAUCUACAAAACCCGGAGCCGAUGGCCAAAGAGGAUCGUCGAUAAUGCGGACGGUCGUGCAUCCGAGAUGA